AAAGUUGAUUUUUUUUUUUUUCGCUCUCGUGGUUUUGAGGGUUUACGCUCCGCGCCAUGGUCUCCGACCAGGAGAUCGCGAGCUGCGUCGAGUCCCUCCUCCGCUCCUCCUCCUCCGCCGCCGCCGCCGCAGUGGGCGGCGCCGUCGCGGGCGCCGCCACGUCGCUGGGCGCGGUGGUGAGCCAUGUGGAGGCCAAGCUAGGGCUCGACCUCUCCCACAAGGCCGCGUUCAUCCAGGACCAAAUCGACCUCCUCCUCGGCCCCCGCCGCCACCUUCCUCCUCCCCCCUCCCCCAAUCCCCCUCCUCACCCUUCGCCGCCUCCGUCGCAGCCCCGUUUCCUCUUCCACCAGAUGCCCCCCUCCUCCUCCUCCUCCUCCUCCUCCUCCGCCGCCGCCGCCGCCGCCGGAGGGCCCUACCAGUACCCCUACCCCGCUCCCCCGCCCUUGCCCGCCGCCGCCGUCGUCGCCGCCUACCACCUGCAGCAGCAGCUUCAGCAGCCGCAGCCGCAGCCGCAGCCGCAGCCGCAGCCGCAACCGCCCCCUUUCGUCGCUGCCGCCGUAAGGCCUGCUGCCCCCAGAGAAAGUGCUUCGACUGGGGCUAAAAGAAGAGCUGGUGCUGGGGGCCUGAAUAAAGUGUGUGGAGUUUCACCCAAACUUCAGGCCAUUGUUGGUGAGGCUGCCAUGCCAAGAACUGAGAUCGUGAAGCAGCUGUGGGCAUAUAUCCGGAAAAACAAUCUCCAAGAUCCUAGCAACAAGAGGAAGAUCAUCUGCAAUGACGAAUUACGUGCGGUUUUUGAGACAGACUGUACCGACAUGUUUAAGAUGAACAAGUUGCUAUCUAAGCAUAUAACAGCACUUGAUCCUAAGGAUGGGCCCCCAGAUUUUAAAAGGUCAAAAACUGUUGAUGUUUCUGAUACAAAGGUUGAUCCUGGUCAAUUUCCUGUAAUCAUUUCUGAUGCAUUGGCCAAGUUUUUUGGAACUCAAGAAAGAGAAAUGCUGCAAGCUGAUGCUCUAAGGCGUGUGGGGGAUUACAUAAAUGCUAACAAGCUGGAGGAUGCGAGGAGCAAGUCAAUACUAUGCGACUUGAAGCUUCAACAGGUUUUUGGUGUUGACAGCAUCCCUUCUGCCGUGUUACCUGAGAUGCUUGCACAGCAUUUAAUCAAGAAAUCAUGAUAUGCAUCUCAUACAACUGGUACAGUAAAUGUAUAUCAGGUAGCUCUAACAUUAUAGUUUAGGGUGUUUGUAGCAGAAGAAGAAGUGUCUAACUGUUUUACUUUUGAGACAGCAGCGACGACGCCGAAAGCAGAUACUUUCGAAUUCCGUCUGUAAUUAAUGUAGGUAGUGGCGACAAAUAGCGAACAGUCUAAUGUUUUCGGAAUGUAAGUCUUUUACUUUACUAUAUAGCUGUUGUAAAGGUGAGACAUUGGAAGUGAUUAGCAAUACCAGAGUGCGACUUUCGAAGCUCUUGUUCUUCGCGUCGUCGUUGUGCAUGAUUGGUACGAGUCGGUUUCAACUGUGUGAUGCGAAGUUUUGGUGAAA